AUGGGACGAGCAAGCAUUGCGGCUUUCUUCUGGUUGUUUGCGACUACGGCGAUUGUCACAUUGGUGACUGGAUAUACUCCACGAAUCCUGGGAUGGCCGUUGGGGCUCUGGAUCGAUCUCACCGUGGCUCGUGUAAUACUGAGCCCACUAUACUGGUACGUCUGGCCAGUCCUUCGCCCGAAGAUAGAAGCCGCUCGUCGACGUUCGAAAGAGUCCAGAAAGGCGCAGGGAGCAGGGCUGGGUUACUCGAAGAGCGAGAGCAAAGUCGGCAGAGCGGGCAACAGUCAAGCCACGGGAGAAAUGAACGAGAAUGGACCCGCGUCAGUGUCGCAAGUUGAGUGCCACACAUGA